AUGGCUGAAGACUUGGAGAGCCCUGCUCCGGAGGGGGUUGACCUGUGUGGCCUUGCAAAGGCAUGGGGCGACGAUGCAAGGGUGCGAGAGCCUCUUUUGAAGUCUGGGUCGCUGUUCGUUUGGCCCUGCAAGAAGACCACGGGGAUUGCUAGUUUUGCAAGUUUGGCCCUGAACCAUGCAGCCAUUCAUCACCUACUGGAUUUCUGGUGCUGCCAAACCCCGACAGCCAAAUCCAUCUACAUCGAGCACGCGAAAGCUGAGAUCGAGAAACUUCGAGACGACCUGGGGAUGGCACCAAAUGCGGUCCGGGUGCAAUGCGAUCCUCGCACUCGUGCUUUGUUCGACAAAGCACUUCAGUUUUGGGAACCUACGUUUUCGAAGCGAAAGAGGACAAAGUCAGAACGCGAGCAGGACGAGGAUGAUGAGGCUGCCGUCCCCUCCGAGGACUUUCAUCCUGAAGAUGAUUCUCAGGAGCAGGCUGAGUGUGACCGGGCAACUGUUGAUGCCUACAUGAACGUGUUGAGCCGACGAUCGCCCGAAAUGGCUCAGAGGGAAAGCCUCCUGCAUGCAGCUGAAACCAGCCGCAGUGAUGAUGCUUUCAUGGCCAAGGCUCUUGGCUCGGAUACCAUGCUGAGCACCCCGACUGCAAACUUGACGACAGGUUUGACAGCGAUGUUGGAAGAGCUUGAGCUGUCGACAGAGAAGCCUCCUGUUACAGAUCCUUUGGCCAGCACUUCGGAGCCUAAGCCUAAAGCUGAUGGUCCCGUGGUGAUUGAGUUGGGUGAUUCGCCGCCGGAGCCGCCGAAGAAGGCUCCGAGAUUGCACGCCGACUUCAGUCGUGGUCUGCCCACCGGGGCAGCUGCACGCCUGCAGAUGCUGAAGCGAGAAAUCGAGCGACGCCAGGCCACUCGUCUGUGUGCCCGACCUUUGAGAGGGCAAGCUUUGAGCAUGGAUGCAGUUGACACAUGCCAGACCGACAUGUCACCGAUUGCACAGAAUCUUAUGAAACGAUUCGAUCAAGCUGAUGCUGUUGAUUUGUCGAGUCCUGUGGCUUCUGCAAGCAGAAGCACCACGACCUCCCCC